CUUGGGCUAGGCUUGCUAGCAGUGAUAGUUGGUGCUGAUCCAGCGCACUGAAGGCCGGCCGGCCUCCGCCCGCUCUGUGCCGGGCCGCCGCGCCGGCAAGGAGGAAGAGGGUCAGACGGAAUUGAAGGCAAGAAAGUCAAUAAGCAGGUUAUCUUGGUCAACGGCGCCGCAAGAGCAAGAUGGCCGGUAUCGCGUUCAGCAGCGUGGAGAAGAUCAUCAAAGUCGCUGCCAAGAUCAAGGAGGCUGUCGACACGGUUAAGCAGAACAAGGAGGAGUGCGACGACAUCGAGAGGUGCGUCGCCCGGGUUGUCGAAAUCCUCCAGCAGCUUGAUCAGACGACGGUGAACCCAGCCAUGGGCGGCACCCUGGUGGAUCUGGCGAAGAGCGUCGACAAGGCCCUCGGCCUCGUCAAGGAGUGCCAGCGGAAGCACAUCAUUCCCCAUCUCUGGGGGGCCAGCAGCAUGGCCAAGAAGCUGGGUAGGGUGCAGAACGAUAUAGCGAGGAAACUUCUGAUGGGGAACUUCGCCACCAAUGUCAGCAUGUUUCGGACUCUGCAUCCACAGGAUGCAGGAGCCGGUACAAUCUCACAUGGUCAUUUGACUCGUGAUGCUAGACCUGAAGUAAUGAACAGCCAGAAAGGGAAGACCACAGUAGUAGCGACAGUAAGCAGGGUGCAGUCUGAUCCCUUGUCUGGCAUAAAAAAAUUCAGUUUCUCUCAGUUGGAGGAGGCUACAAAUGGCUUUUCACAUGUUCUUGGAAGAGGUGGCUUUGGUAUUGUCUACAAGGGUGUAUUGCACGACGGACAAGAUGUUGCCAUCAAGAAAUUAUUAAUCUCUGGUGAUUUUCCAGAGAGGAGCCUGGAUCAUGAGCUUAAUAUUGGCGCAAAGCUUCAGAACAAAAAUGUAGUUAAACUUCUAGGAUAUUGCCUCCACACAGAAAUGGAAGAAUACUUUUUGGUCCAAGAAUAUAUGCCUGAAGGAAGCUUGAAAAGGAUUAUCAAUGCCUCUGGACUUGAUUGGCCUUCCUGUUUCCAGAUAAUUCAGGGGAUAGCACGGGGCCUACAUUACCUACACAAGCAACGCGUUCUCUAUAUGGAUUUGAAGCCAGCCAACAUUCUCUUUAAUUCAAAAAUGAAUCCUGUGAUAAUUGAUUUUGGAUUAUCUGUAGUGCUGGAUGGUGAUGAUGAUGAGAUCACUUGGAAUUCCGUAGCAGGCACAAUGGGAUAUAUUGCUCCAGAAAAAAUUACGCGAGCUAAGAUAUCGAUGAAGUCUGACGUGUUUUCUUUUGGAGUCAUCCUUAUUGAGAUCAUUACCGGGAGGAGAGUUACACCUUCCAGUGAUAUACCAGAAUGGGGUUCACUUGAGAUGAUUAGAGCAUUUAAUGGUUUAUUUGAUCCGGCAUUGGUUGAUGAAUCCAAGCUGGUGGAGAUUAACAAGUGCAGAGAGGUAGGAUUGAUGUGCAUUGAGUGGGAUCCAAAAGAUCGACCUACCAUGGCUGAGGUUCUUGAAUUGCUAAACAGCUAGGUUGAGUUGCCGGCCUCAUAGAACCCCGGAUGCAACAAUUGGAGUGUCUGAUCAGACAGAUCGAUAGUGCUGUACGUGCUGCCCAUCAUGGACGCAUAGCCUUCAAUUUGCUUCAUGAUCGCUUUUGCUUUUGUGGCAUUCUCUUAGCCGUGUGGUAUUAUAAUCGCGGGUCUGUGUGUGCAACUAUGUAAAGGAUUGUGAUUUUUUGAGGUCCUGAAGUCAGUAAUGUCAUGUACACAGAGGAACGAGUAUCCAACUUGUACAUUGCACAUCAUGAUGAACAACAUAUGUUGCGAAGUAUACGUGAGAAAAUUAAAA